AUGGAGUAUUUCAACAAAGCCAAGGCCGUGAAGCUGCGUAGUCACCUUGGAAAGUAUCUAGUUGGAGAUGAAGACCAAGACAAGAUUCAUCAGAGCAGAAAAGGGUCCACGAAAAAGGCAAUAUGGGUGGUGGAACUAGUCGAAGGGAAGAGCCACCGUGUGCGGCUGAGGAGCUGCCAUGGCCGGUACCUCACGGCGACGGACAUGCCGUUUCUCCUCGGCAUGACCGGAGACAAAGUGGUUCAGGCGGAAUUAGACGCGGGUUUGGAUUGGAAAUACGAGUGGGAACCAAUAAGAGAAGGGUUGCAGGUGAAGCUGAGGAGCUGGUGUGGGAAGUACCUUAGGGGUAAUGGUGGCACGCCACCAUGGAGGAACUCGAUCACUCACGAUGAUCCUUAUAGCUCUAAGACACAUAAUUGGAUCCUGUGGGGUGUGGAGGCUGUGGAGUUCUCAGAGAAGAAGGGUUUCUUUGCGGAGAGUGUUGUGUCUUCCUCUGAUUCUGAUGAGAUUCUUGGCUCUGAACCUCCAUCUCCCAUGUCGGUUUCUUCUGUGGAGUCUUCGUUGCUGAGUCACAAUUCAAAGUUGAAGGUGCGUGUUCAUGUUUGA